AUGGCAGAAAAAGAAAUUGCGGUGGUUCCGGUGACUCCAAAGAGUAGCUGGAAAGGAUGGCUGUGGGACUCUGCUGAUGUAUCACCAGAGGAACGAAGAUUCCUCCUCAAGUUGGACUUUACACUCCUGAGCUUUGGUACGCUUGGAAUGUUGACAAAAUGGAUUGAUACAUCCAACAUCACCAAUGCUUUCGUCUCGGGUAUGAAGGAGGACCUCAAUCUGUACCACAAUGAGUAUAACUAUAUUGUUGUCUCAUGGACAGUCGGCUAUAUUAUUGGACAGUUGCCGUCUAACUUUAUCUUGACUCGAGUUCCUGCUCACAUUUGGAUCCCGUUCCUAGAGAUUGGAUGGACUGUCUUCACCUUUGCUCUUGCAGGGGCAAACUCAUACUCGGCAUUACUCGGCAUUCGAUUUGUGGUCGGUCUUUUUGAAGCAGGAUACUGGCCUGCUCUAUACUACAUCCUUGGCAGCUGGUAUAACAAGCGCGAGCUUGGGAAGCGAAAUGGUAUCCUGCAAUCUGCCGUGUCUAUCGCACCAAUCUUCUCCGGAUUCUUGCAGGCAGGCAUCUACAAGUCGCUCAACGGGCACGCUGGCCUCGCAGGAUGGAGAUGGCUCUUCAUCAUCAAUGGAGUAAUCUCUCUACCCAUUGCUGUCCUUGCAUACUUCUUCCUACCUGAUGUCCCAGGUAAUGCUAAACCCAACUGGCUUUUCUCUGAAAGAGAGAUUGAGCUCGCCAAAGAGAGAAUGGCAAGAGCUGGGCGAACUCUUCAGGGUACACCCUACAGUGUCAAGACGAUUUUUGGUUAUCUGACCAGCUGGAAAACAAUUCUUUUCACUCUCAUCUUCACCAUUCAACCGUUUACCUCUCAGCCCCAGCAAUCAUUCGUCUUCUGGCUCAAGGCACAUAACAAGAAGGGGCAAAAGCCUGUUUAUUCUAUUUCACAGAUUAAUGAAUAUCCGACUAUCGGUAACGCAUUUACCGCCGUAUACAGCCUUGUGGCAGUAUGGGUGUCUGAUGGUCCACUAAAAGGACGACGCUAUCCGCCCAUCUUGUUUGCGAACUUGUGUGCAAUCAUCAUUUUCACGCUACUUGUUGUGACCCCAGUGUUUGGCCCUUUCAAUCACCGAGCCCCUCUGUACAUUGUGUCUUCAAUUGGAGGAAGUGCAGUGCCACUUACUAUGGCCUGGAUGGCGGAGUUGAUUUCACACAGUGCCGAGCAGAGAGCGUUCACUGCAGCGUCGAUGAAUACUCUCCAAUACACAUUCUCGGCUUGGAUACCAUUGGUCUGGUUUCAGCAGGUCCAUCAACCAAAUGUGACGCCUGGUAACAGAGGUGCCGCAGUCGUUGCGGGAUUGAAUGUGAUUAUCUUCACCACGAUUUUCUUGCUUGAUCGCCGGGAGAAGCUGCAAAAGAAACGGAGUGGUGAGUUGAAUGACGCUAGCGCCUCGUCUGAACCCUCCACACCCGUCUCCGAGGACUAUAACGAGAAGCAAGCAUCAUCAGGUGUAAAGGGAAUUGAAGCGUGA